GCCCACGUGACAGCCAUACAGGAAGUGACUGUUCAGCGGACCGUCUCGUUUCUGAGCCGUCUCUGAGGAGACUCAGCUGGAGUAUGAGAAACUGAACGGGGACAGAGGAGAAAGGACUUAUCCCUGCAAAGUGUCACUGUGGACACUGAAGCCAGUGGCAGGGGGGGACAGCUGCGGCGGAGCGGACACUGGACACCGCUAAGAGCAGCAAGCAGUGGGAUACAAGAGCAUUGCUGGGGGGAAAUAAUGGAAAUCAAAGGUGGACGUGCAGGCAACCCUAGAUCCGCUGUGCACCAACACGGAGAUGUGCAGUGAAUAUGACACCGAGCGAGAUACAACGGUGGCUCGACUAGCCCACGUUAAGCUAGCCGGUCGGUGCCGCCGCUGCUGUUGCUCGGUGCGAGCCUCGUUUCCUUUCUCGAACGCGAGCUGCACCGACUCGUUCAGAGGAUAAUGUCUGAAGAUAACAUCCAAGGAGUUACAUCCCCUCAACUCAAACUGACCCCACCCGUCCCGUAUUGUAUUUCCUCCUGUUCUUUAGCCGCCUCUGAUUGCUGAACUUCAGCAAGUCCUGUCCCUGCUCAUUGCCCCCCCACUCCAUGGGAUUUUAGGGAAUGCAUGCAUUCCACUGUAGGAUCAUGUGAUUAAUUUUGACAAUCCUCCUGCAGACCAAAAGACAGGAUGACCCUCAAAUUCUAAAAAAAAAAAAAGAAGAAAAAGAAACUAGAAUGCGACCGGAUGUCAAGUUCCUGCCCAGCUGAUAUUGCCACUUUGGACUGUAGGAUUCUCACCCUGGUUCCACCACUUGUUCCCUACCUGCAGCUUUUACCGCUAACCCGUCCCUUAUCCAGCGUCAUUGGGCCAUGGUUCGCAAGAAAGGUUCUCUUAUACUAUGUGGUGCUUUCCUGUUUGUCGCCUGGAAUGCUUUGCUUCUACUUUAUCUGUGGGGUCGCCCUCCCAUCGGCCGGCUCGGGGAAGGCGGUGGAGCAGAACCAGGAGGAAAGGAGGAGUGGGGCAUGGGCAAGGGGAAAGGAGGCCGGGUCAACCUUGCGGGGGAGGUGAUCCGGCUGGCAGAGGAGGUCGAGGUUCAGCUCGAGACCCAGAAAAAGCUCAUAAAGCAGAUUGAAAGUCACAGAGCGCAGUGGGCUCAGCAGAGAGACAUUGGGAAAAGAGAGGCAGAUGAUGCAAAAGAAGUCAAAGACGGGGCUGUCCACCAGCCACCAAAACCUCCGCUUCCUCUCAAAGACGAUGCUGGUGACAAGGACCAAACUGAAUUAAAGCAGACACAGAGUCCUUCUCCCACAGUAGCUUCAGACACUAAGUUGGGACAGCACCAGGCUGUUGAAGUAAAGGAGGAGGUUUUUAAGACCAAUGAACUGGCGUCCUCCGUUGACAGCCCAGAAGUCGCCAUUCCCAUUCUCGUCAUCGCUUGUGACAGAGUGACGGUGAAACGGAGCCUCGACAGGCUGAUCCAGUACCGCCCUUCUCCAAAGCUGUAUCCAAUUAUUGUCAGCCAGGACUGUGGCCACAGCGAGACGGCGCGUGUGAUUGGCUCAUACGGAGAUCAAGUGACACACCUGCGUCAGCCGGACCUCGCGGACAUCAGAGUUCGGCCAGAGCACAGGAAGUUCCAGGGCUACUACAAAAUUGCCCGACAUUACCGCUGGGCCCUCAACCAAGUGUUCAACACGUUCUCCCAGUCCACUGUGGUCAUAGUGGAGGACGACCUGGAGGUGGCGCCAGACUUCUUUGAGUAUUUCCGAGCCCUCUACCCAAUCCUGCGCUCUGACCCCAGCCUGUGGUGUGUUUCUGCCUGGAACGACAACGGCAGAGAUGCCCUGGUGGAUCCAUCCAAAGCCGAGCUCCUCUACAGAACGGACUUCUUCCCCGGGCUGGGGUGGAUGCUGCUGAAGGAGAUGUGGGACGAACUGGAGGUCAAAUGGCCCUCGGCUUUCUGGGAUGACUGGAUGCGGCAACCCGAGCAGCGCAAGGACCGCUCCUGCAUUCGGCCAGAAAUAUCCCGGACUAUAACCUUUGGCCGGAAAGGCGUCAGUUUAGGUCAAUUCUUUGACCAGUACCUUCGCUAUAUUAAGCUAAACACUGAAUUUGUGCCUUUUACCAAACAGGAUUUGUCUUAUUUGCUUAAAGAGAAGUAUGAUGAAAAGUUUAUCAAAGACGUUUACAGUGCCCCACUGGUGAAGAUUGAGGACCUGCAACAAGGGGGCAGCUUAAGAGGCCCUGGACCGUACAGGAUCCAGUACUCCAGCAGGGACAGUUUUAAAGUCUUUGCUCGAAAUCUGGGGGUGAUGGACGACUUGAAAUCUGGUGUUCCUCGUACAGGUUACAGGGGUGUAGUCAGUUUCCUGCACCGGGGUCGAAGGGUGUUCUUGGCUCCACCGGACGGCUGGUCACGGUAUGAUACCAGCUGGAGCUGAGCAGCUGAUCUAGACUAUGAAAUGUGAAUGGUGUUGAAGAGGGGAGAGAGCCUCAUGGUGUGUUCACACAGAAAGUGAAGUAAAUUUUUUUGCCUUACAUUAGUUGCCCGAGUUUGACCACAAGAUUAUUGUGUUUAUACCCAGGAGUGUUUAAACAGCCAGGAUACUUCACCGUACAUUAGGUGAACGCUAGGAAGCUUUCUGGAACAUUACGUUCAUGAAGUACAUUUCCCUUUCAGCUCCAGUCACAGUGAAAGAUACAGUGCGUGGAUCACUGCUGCAGUACAUGGACGACUGCUGAGCUCUCCUCCUGUCUGAUGUGACGCCAGGUGUUUAGUCCUCCAGAAGGUCUGGCUCUGCACCAACUCGCCCCCCCCCCAGGGGAUCUUUCAUGCAAAAGAUACACUUUGCUUUCUGUAAGAACACAUCAUUACUCAAAGGAGCACCCUCUCAGACCAAAGAAUAUCAGCAGACUCAGUGGUUCAUGAAGGAAUUAAAGCAGCACAGAUUGCGCUGCAAAUCAGUCAAGCUGGGAGAUCGAGGCCUGUUAGAGAAGCUUCUAAACUAGGGUGCUUAUUCGGGAGCUGCUAGUUAAAUGGCCAGGCAGACUUCACAGAGAGUUAAAACCGGUAGGACAUGAACAUUUAAACUCCAAUUUCAGCUUUUAAUUGCUAUUGGCAAUGUGCCUUGCUGUCUGGGCCCAUUUUGUUUGGUGUAUUUUUUUUUCUUUUUUCUUUUUACUACUGUGAAUAACUGGCCAACUGUAGAUUAACAUUAUUUGGUUGCAAAAAAUCAUUUGAAUCGUCAACAGGAAGAGCAUGUUUCAGUGUUGAUACACUGGAGGCCAAACUCAAGAAAAGUGACCAUCUCUAGAACUGCAGAAAUAUAUUGAGCUGUCAAUUUUUUUUGCAUUCAGUCAGGGGUGGAUCUACAGGGGUGGCAUGAGUGGCAGCUACCGCCUCUAAGAAAUACUUUACUAGGUUUAUAAAUGGUUUGGUGAUACAAUUGAUGAAUAUUGUAUUUAUAUAUAGGUCUCGACCGAGGAGCCCAUUUAAACCCUUAAAAAAAGAAGAUAAAGGACAUAAAUAAGGACCAUUUUGAAUCUUGUUUCAGAAAGCUGUUGGAUUUUGGGAACAUAUAGGGGCAUUUGUGAGUUCUGAGACAGGCAGCAGCUGAAAAACAACACACAUCAGCUCAAACUUUCCUCAACGAUUAGUGUGUUGUUGUACUCCAUCAUUCAUAUCUUAAUGUUGACUUUUAGAGAAAACACAUAGAGUGGAGACAUGCUACAUACAUUUUUUGAAUAACAAAACUCAACGCAUAGAAAUAAGGGAUCUGUGUUGGCACACAUUUUGGAUUGAGUGUUCAACGUACAAAAAAUGUACAUUAUAUGGAGAAAUUACUAAUAAUUUGGAAUAAAGCAUUUUUUAUGCCUAGCUAAAUCUAUUAAAUCUUUUACCUGUGUACCACAAUAAUGUUAUGUUUGUUAGAAUUUCUACAUUUGAGGGUUUUCCAAGCAAAUAUUAAUAUAUGUCAUUGUUUGGGAUUCAAUCCACAUAGUCUUUAUAUAUGUCUGCCACCCUCUUGCCACCCCAUGAAUAUUUCUCUAGAUCUGCCCCAGCAUUUAGUGAAAGUUUUUGAAAGAAGCUGUUGAAAAGGACUCAACUCUCUGGGUCCUGUUACUGUUGAAGUCUUUCAGACUAGUUACAAGCAGAGUUGUGUUCAAAGAAAGCUGUAAAGCUACAGUGUGUUAGGUGGUAAACAGUGGCCAUAUCCAUAUCCGCUGGAUGAAGUCAUAUUAUGAAGUCAUAGCCCUGAUGGGUCAUAUUAUAGACCGAAGGCCUCUUCAGCAAUGAGACAGAGGGACAGACCUGCAGAGUACUCUCCCGAAGCAGAGAGCUUGAGAGAUACGUUUGAAACAAACCCAUGUUUGUGGCUGCUGAAUCACUGCGUGAAGUCGGUGUUGACGGUGGCUCACAUGUUUCAGAACAUUGUCAGAUGCUGCUCCCUCUAUUCCACUGUUAAAGGUUUUAAAUAUCUUUAGCACUUUGUUUAAGAGCACUGAGGCCUUUAUGGUCGAUCCCCUGCUUGAGCUGGUUCUUGUAAGGCCUGUUGGGGGUUGUGUUGGGGGGUGUAAUGUAAUGUAUUUAGUGUUGCAGAGCAGCCCUGUUUAAACUCCGUUAAUGUGAUGACUAUGGGCAUAACCAUAUUCAUUCUGCAGCUCUCUUCUGCUUUCAGAGGAUUACAAAGUCUGCAUUUCCACCACGCCGCUUUAUUAGUGUGAGUGAACUUGGUGUCUCAACUGAUCAUAGGAAAGGUUGGUGUGGGAUCACAACGACGUGGCUGUUUUUGAAACGACUGAACUUUGAUUGAACUUGAGGGUCUGACAAGUUUUCCAAGCUGCAAAUGAGAUUCAGACAUCACUGAGUCUGACAUUUUACUGACGAUGAUGACCCUGAAGCCCCGGUACAGGGCAGUUGUAAUUAACAUGACAUCCAAACCAUGGUUUGGUCAGCUUCGGUUUGUUGAAAAACCACAGAUUGAUAGUUUUUAUUUGUACGUGCAACAAGAAGGCUGAGGAAGAAGAAAUAAUUAUCACUGUACUGUAAUUAGCUUUGGGAGAUAUCCACAGGGUUGAUUCCCAUGUCUGUAUGGUGAUGUGUACAACCACUGCCUGAUGUGUUUAUAACUUUAAUACAGUAUAAAUAAAAUCAGCUAUUUUGAUAUUUGUCUA